GUUCCACAAACCUUUAAGAGUAUUUUUGGUGAAUUUUAAGAUUAUUAUUACUAUGAUUAUUAUGAGUAUGAUGAGUAUUACGACUUUUACGACAUGACAAAGGGAAAGCCAGACGUAAAGAAAGAAAUUAAUUCAAACAAUCCCCGACACAAAAACGGCUCUCAGCACCACACAAGCGGCCACAUAUUCCCUUCGAUUAUAAAACAGAAAAACAACACCCAGAAGGAGAAAACCAAGGUAAACGAAGGCAAAAAAUCGUUCGUCCAGCCGACCCCGUGCACCAAAUCUCUUUACACGGAAUGCAUGGGAUACCUAGCUAAGGACGACAAGGAGAAGUGCAUGGAGAAAAAGGCAAGGGAAAACUGCACCAGACCAGAUCAAGGCUCUCGGCACAAGAAGUUGGCGAUUUUCGAUGAGGGACCGAAGAGAUAUCUCUACCGCACGCUGGACUACACAGGUCACUGCCCUGCUGGACUAUUCAGGUGUCCUGGGAUUCCGACUCUUUGCCUGUACGGCGAACUCCUCUGUAACGGUGAAGAUAACUGCAUGUUCGGGGAGGACGAGGACGAAAGCUUAUGCUCAACACGCGAAUGCUCAGUCACAGAGUUCCGGUUGUUCCGCCCUGCACAAGAGGAUCGGAAAGCGCGGCAAAAACGACCGGGGGCGGCCUGA